GCCGGCCGGGAAAAAAAGCCCUCAGCCUUCUUGUUUUUUCUAUCCCACCUUUUCUGGUUCUUUUGUUUGCUCAUCCUUCUCCCUCUCAGCGAGGGAGUCGCUGCAAUGCCGCUUUACGAGGGUCUCGGCAGCGGCGGGGAAAAAACCGCCGUGGUGAUCGAUCUGGGCGCGGCCUUCACCAAAUGUGGCUUUGCAGGAGAAACGGGACCCAGAUGUGUCUUACCUAGUGAAAUAAAGAAACCUGGUGUUUCAAAGCCUAUCAGAAUUGUUCAAUAUAACAUUAAUACAGAAGAAUUGUAUUCAUACCUGAAGGAAUUCAUUCACAUGCUUUAUUUCAGGCAUUUGCUGGUAAACCCCCGAGACCGUCGAGUUGUGAUCGUGGAAUCUGUAUUGUGCCCUUCUCAUUUCAGAGAGACACUCACAAAAGUUCUAUUCAAGUAUUUUGAGGUUCCUUCAGUGUUGUUUGCACCAAGUCAUCUGAUGUCUCUUCUAACCCUUGGAAUUAAUUCUGCAAUGGUUUUGGAUUGUGGUUAUACGGAAAGCCUGGUGUUACCUAUUUAUGAAGGGAUUCCUGUCCUCAGUUGCUGGGGUGCUCUUCCUUUGGGAGGAAAAGCCAUUCACAAAGAACUAGAGUACCAGUUGCUGGAGCAAAGUACAGUAGAUACAGGAGCCACCAAAGGACAAAGCCUUACCUCAGUGAUGGGUUCUGUUCCGGAAGACAUUGUAGAAGACAUAAAGGUUCGCACUUGUUUUGUGAGUGACCUCCAGCGGGGACUGAAAAUUCAGGCAGCAAAGUUUGAUAUGGAUGAUGGUGCUGAGCGUCCAACUCCACCACCAGAUGUAGACUAUCCACUGGAUGGAGAGAAGAUUUUGCAUAUCAAUGGAUCAAUAAGAGAUUCUGUUGUCGAAGUACUCUUUGUGCAGGACAAUGAAGAGAAAUCCGUGGCUACUUUAAUAUUGGACUCUCUUAUGGAGUGCCCAAUAGAUACUAGGAAGCAACUGGCUGAGAACUUGAUAGUAAUUGGGGGUACAGCUAUGUUACCAGGAUUCCUGCACAGAUUAAUGGCUGAAAUACGGUACCUGGUGGAGAAGCCAAAGUACAAGGAGAUCCUGGCCUCAAAGACCUUCCGAGUGCACGUCCCACCAGCCAAGCCAAACUGUGUGGCAUGGUUAGGAGGAGCCAUUUUUGGAGCCCUUCAGGACAUUCUUGGCAGUCGUUCAGUAUCAAAGGAAUAUUACAACCAGACAGGACGUAUCCCUGAUUGGUGCUGCCUCAAUAACCCUCCUUUGGAAAUGAUGUUUGAUGUAGGAAAAACGCCUCCACCGUUGAUGAAAAGGGCUUUUUCCACAGAGAAAUAACAAUUUUGUUCACACUGUGGCGCUGCCUUUUUUCCUCAUCUACCUGAGGUUGGACUGUUAUGGAGCUCAGUGUAAUACGUUGGAUAAAUCUGCAAGUUAAAUUCUGGGGCACUGGCCACAAUUUUGGCUGAUUAUGUUCCUUUCUGUCAGUUACAUUGGCUUACGAUGAUGCUCCAGUGAUGUUUGUU